AACCUCCACCACCAUUUGCAUUGCAUUUCGUUACUUUCAUUUGUUGUGCAAUCUUACAAGUUCCAAACUUCUCUAUUUUGUUAUUAUUUGUUCUCACUUCUCACACAUACAAAUUUGAGCCUUUUAUAUUAUCAUGGCUUCUAAGGUGGUUUCGGUUUUGGUUAUAGCGAUGAUGUUGUUUGCCAUGAACUGUAACUGCACUAGUGUUGGCCACAUGCCUUCAACCAAAGAGGAAGGUCACGAUUUUCAGGAGUCUAAAGCCAAGACCACACAAACUGCGAACAAGGCCAUGGAAACUGGUAAAGAGGGACAAGAAGCCGCAGAGUCAUGGACAGAAUGGGCUAAAGAGAAACUCAGUGAAGGUCUUGGCUUCAAACAUGAUCAGGAAUCCAAAGAAUCCACCACUAACAAAGUCUCUGAUUAUGCCACUGACACUGCACAGAAAUCCAAGGAUUAUGCAACUGACACUGCUCAGAAAUCAAAGGACUAUGCAGGUGAUGCUGCUCAGAAAUCAAAGGACUACGCAGGUGAUGCUGCUCAGAAAACCAAAGACUAUGCCAGUGACACUGCACAGACAUCAAAGGACUAUGCUGGUGAUGCUGCUCAGAAAUCAAAGGGCUAUGUUGGUGAUGCUGCACAAAAGACCAAAGAAUAUGUUGGUGAUGCAGCACAGAAGACAAAGGAUUAUGCCACUGACGCAGCACAGAAGACCAAAGAUUAUGCUACUCAGAAGACCAAGGACUAUGCAAGUGAUGCAACUGAUGCUGCAAAGAAGACUAAAGAUUAUGCUGCUCAGAAGACUAAGGACUAUGCAAGUGAAGCUAGUGAUGUUGCACAGAACACAAAAGAUUAUGCUGCUCAGAAGACCAAGGACUAUGCCAGCGGUGGUGCGCAGAAGACCAAGGAUUAUGCCAGCGGUGGUGCGCAGAAGACCAAGGACUAUGCAAGUGAUGCUGCGCAGAAGACCAAGGACUAUGCAAGUGAUGGUGCUCAAAAGAGCAAAGAAUAUGCGGGUGAUGUAGCACUGAAUGCCAAAGAUUAUGCUCAAAAAAGCAAAGAUUACGCAGGUGAUGCUGCACUGAAUGCCAAAGAUUAUGCUCAAAAAAGCAAAGAUUACGCAGGUGAUGCUGCACAGAAUGUCAAAGAUUAUGCAAGUGAUGCAGUGCAGAAGAGAAAAGAGUAUUCUGGUGAUGCUUCUCACAAGAGCAAAGAGGCUUCUGAUUAUGCCAGUGAGACGGCUAAGAAGACCAAAGAUUAUGUCGGUGAUGCUGCUCAGAGAAGCAAAGGGGCUGCUGAAUAUGCUAGUGAUGCGGCUCAGAGGACCAAAGAGUAUGCUGGUGAUGCUACCAAGAGAAGCAAAGAGGCUUCUAAUGAUCAUGCCAAUGACAUGGCUCAGAAGACCAAAGACUACGCCAGUGACACUGCUCAGAGAACCAAGGAAAAACUCCAAGACAUUGCAUCUGAAGCUGGUCAAUACAGUGCAGAGAAAGCUAGAGAAAUGAAGGAUGCAGCAGCAGAGAAGGCAAGUGACAUAGCAAAGGCUGCAAAGCAAAAAUCACAAGAGGUGAAAGAGAAAUUAGGUGGACAACACCGGGAUGCCGAGCUUUGAGAAUUGAGAUGUUUGAAUCACUUUGAACCUUUUAAUUAUGCCACAAUAGUUGUCUAAAUCUGCCAGAAAUAAUGUUGUGUGUAUAUAUUAUAUGGCAGUAUCUGUCUUUGUGUGAUCAAGGGGUUUGGUCUGAUAUAAUAUAUUAGCAACUACGUAGUCGAGGUUGGAAUAUUUUGUACUGAAUAUCCUCAUGUUUUCUUCAAGUUUAGUUAAAAAAUAAUAGAUACUCAGCAUGUCAUUUCUCUGAAUAAAGUACCCAAUUUGUAGGUUCCA